CCGGGCAAUGAAACUAAUCGGGGACGCGGCUCCAGCGCCGUGGCCCGAGGGACUUUUCUUCCGGGCUGCUUUUGCUUUUCUGCCCCCACCUCAGGAUCCCCCGCAGGACCGCUUUAAGCGACGGCUCCUGCCCCAGCCUGGCUCCGCCCCGCCUAAAGGGACUUACUUUGCCCAACGGACUCCCUUGGCAGCAGUUCCGUGAAUUCUAACGCAGGAGCAACAAGGAGGCGCUUGGCUGUUGCGGGCGACCCAGAGGGGCUCCGGGCCGGAAUGGACGCGCUGGAGGCGAUCUGGGGUCUGCUGCGCCUCUUGCUGGCGGUGGCCCUUCUGGCCUUCGGCCUUUAUUGCUGCUACAUCAAAUACGUCCACCUGAAAUACGAUUACAUCCCUGGCGCCCCGAGGACCAGCUUUUUCUUAGGUCACCUGUCAAUCAUGUGGAGAACGUUUAAAAAUAAUGAAGUGGUUUAUGAUCUUUUGGCACAGUGGGCUGAAGAAUAUGGACCAGUUGUGCGUAUUAAUGCCUUUCACAGAGUCAUAGUGUUAAUAUUAAGUCCUGAAGGAGUAAAGGAGUAUCUGAUGCUACCACAAUACCCAAAAGACCCAUUUGCGUAUGCCCGUGUUUUUAAUAUGUUUGGUGUAAGAUUUUUAGGGAAUGGCUUGGUAGCAGAUCUCGACUAUAACCACUGGCACAAGCAACGGAGAAUUAUGGAUCCAGCUUUUAGCCGAACUUACCUGAUGGGGUUAAUGGGAAUCUUCAAUGACAAAGCAGAAGAGCUUAUGAAGGUGCUGGAAGAGAAAGCCAAUGGAGAGACAAAAGUUGAUAUAAUGAGCUUGCUGAGACGAGUGACUCUUGACAUCAUUGCAAAGGCGGGUUUUGACUUAGAACUGAACACACUGUACGAUGACCAAACGCCUUUCCCACAUGCAGUGACUAUGAUCAUGGAAGGCGUUUCCGAGGCACGCAUCCCUACUUUUGAGUACAUGCCAGGGAAUAGAAAAAUGGUGAAAAAGGUUCAGGAAAGCUUGAGGCUGAUACGUCGUACUGGGAAGGAGUGUAUCGAGCAGAGGCGCAAGGCCAUCCAGAAUGGAGAGGAGACCCCUAUGGAUAUUCUUACUCUGAUCUUGAAGAAUGCAGCGCAGGAGGGAGACUAUGAUGAAGAAAACAUGCUGGACAACUUUAUCACCUUCUUUUUUGCAGGUCACGAAACCACUGCCAAUCAGUUGUCCUUUGCCAUCAUGGAGCUGGGACGGCAACCUGACAUUGUGGCGAAACUUCAGGCUGAAGUGGAUGAAGUCAUUGGCGUAAAGAGAGACGUUAACUAUGAAGAUCUUGGCAACCUUCGCUAUUUAUCACAGGUUCUCAAAGAAGUCCUGCGAUUGUACUCAACGGUUCCAAACACUUUACGCUGGACAGACACUGAAAAUAUCAUUGAAGGGGUCAAAAUUCCAGCAAACACCACCCUACUUUUCAGCAUGUAUAUCAUGGGACGCAUGGAAAGGUAUUUCAAGGACCCACUGACCUUUGAUCCUGACCGAUUUGGCAAAGAUCAGCCAAAGCCAUACUAUUCCUACUUCCCAUUUUCCUUGGGGCCUCGUUCCUGCAUUGGGCAGACGUUUGCACAGAUGGAGGCUAAAGUGUUGAUGGCUAAAUUUCUGCAGAGGUUUGAAUUCCAGCUGGUCCCACCACAGAGCUUUAAACUUUUGGACAGUGGAACACUGAGGCCAUUAGAUAACGUUGUAUGCAGACUGAAGCUACGCAACCCUCUUGCUUUUGAAAGAGAUUGAGAACAAUAUUGAUGACAACAGUUUGGAAUUGCGACAAGAAAACGCUAAAGUGUAUUUCAUAGAUGAAUUAAGACUGAAAUGUAUCAUAAUGGAAUUUGCACUGGGAUUAAGAGGGUUUGCGGUAUGAACUAAACACUGAAUUGAUUAAACUGGAAAGGGCCAACAAAGGUGGCCCCAAUAAUUCAGCAAAAACUGAUAUUACUGAAAGACAGUUCGAUGUGUGCCAUAUUAUGAUGGCACAAAAACUUCUGUAAAUGUGUUGCACAUGCAAGUGUAUGGAAACAUGGGCAUGUGAAGUACUAUACAUGCUUAUGGCGGUUUCCACUGGGGAGCAGUGAGCCCAUAACAUUCAUGUUCUGGCCAUAUAUGAUACAAAUAGAAAAGAGAUUUAUAUAUAUAUUUAGAUGGAAAAUGAUAACCAAACACACGUGGUUAACAUAUCGUGACAUAUUAAAUUUUCUACAAAGUGAAUAUAAAAUGAAAUCGAGAGAAGAUUUAAAUUGACAAAGAUAUGAUUAUCAAUGGUUUUUCUAUGUGCAAUUGUUAGAAAGAUUUACAACUGAUAAAAGACUGUAUGGAUUUGAUCAAUCCAUGAUGGUAUUUGAAUCAGAAUUAUGUGUGAAUGAUGAACAUUAGACAUUUUUCUAAACAUUAGACAUUAUCUGAAUUUAAUGUUGCCUAGUAACCCCUUAUAGACUUUUUGCAGGAAAUCGAAAGAAAUGAACUGAUGAUUUGUGCUUUUGAAGACUAAGAGGCAAAAAAAAAAAUUAGACGGAAAGGAGAAGUUUUUUUAUCGUGAUUUUAGAGUGAGUGUAUAAUAUAUAAUGACUAUAUAUCUUUCACAGAGAAAAUUGGAGAUUAUUCCUAUAUCUUUCUAUAUAUUCCUGUUCCUUUUUUUCUUUUUAAUUUUUCUUUUUUAGCCUUUUUAUAUUCUGUUUAAAAAUUCUUAAUAAAAAAAAGAUAUAUAUGGA